CGUCAUUUUCGUUUCAGGAAUACAUCACGGCUUUACUAGUAUCAUUAUGCAGCUCAUUUCAUGUGUACUAGCAUUGCAUGAACAGUAGCGUGUCAACUUGAGGGUUCGCGGUGCUUUGUUUGGAGACGCUGCUUUUGCAGAAAGUAGAAAGCAGAGCAUGACGCCAUGAGCUGAGCUCUGAAACGUUUGAGAUCAAAGGCACCGCAGUUAAGUUCAGAGGCACCGGACGCCGCGGUUACAUCUGUUGCCAUGCAGCAGUCAGAGAGCGGCGGAGGGGCGGCGACUUCUGAAGUCCAGCUCAACGACCAGUCCAACGCGCUCAUCGCGUGUAAAGUGCCCGAAGAGGUUUUUAAUGAGCAGCAGUUAAAGGAGCAGUUUGAGGCUUUAUUCCGUGCGUUUGAUCCUGACACAUCCUUCCAGUUCUUUAAAAGCUUCAGACGGGUUCGGAUCAACUUCACCAAUGCGUUGGCAGCAGCCGAGGCCAGAGUCAAACUCCAUAAGAGCGAAUUCAAUGGAAAGGAGAUGCGUCUGUAUUUUGCUCAGGUGGUACAUAUCGGCAGUCAUCGCCUUGAGCCUCCUAAACCAGAGAAGCAGUUCCUCAUCUCUCCUCCGGCAUCACCCCCUGUUGGCUGGGCGCAGUCGCAGGAUGCUAUGCCAGUCCUCAACUAUGACCUGCUGUGUGCCGUGACUAAACUAGGACCAGGAGAGCAGUAUGAGCUCCACACUGGAACCACCAACACACCCAGUGUGAUUGUACAUGUGUGUGAGGACGACAGCUCAGACGGUGAAGAUGAAACUGCAGAGGGCAGCAAACGCAUGCGUCCCAAGAUCAUCCAGACCCGUCGCCCAGACUAUGUCCCAUCCGUGAACCAGUGAGCGGGUAAUUCUGGGCCGUUUAUUCUUCGCGACCAACACGGGAAUUACUAGGAUACAUGCAGCCAUGCAGUUCGUCAUCCUCACCACCGGGGAGAUCGGCGAGCAUCAAAUCCUCUUCCUAGUUAGUGAGGGGGUCGACCAUGCUCAUAAACUCAUGUUUCAUUUCUUAGCAUCCAUCUCUGAUGGAGUCAGAGACUUUGAGGUCUUGGGAGAGUUUCUCUCGUCUUACGAAUGUCAUUAUUUGCUUGACGUCACAUCUGUGUAUUUUAAUAAUCCGAGAGAAAAGCAACAGAAAUAUCUGAUUUACAGAAAGAGUUUUUGCCUGAAGUGUGUAUCAUUCGGGGCCACUAAUAUGUACUCAUCGUCAUUAUCAUGUAUUGUCUCUACGUUUAGUCAGUUAAGCACUCAUACAGUCAUUAUUAUUGUUGCUGAAGUUCUUCACGAGCUCCUCCAAGUAUUGUGCACUUUAAAAAUAGAGCCUUAUAAUGUGGUAAACUGACAACAACACAAAGUACUUGUCUUUGUAUAUAGAGCGCAACUGUGACUGCUGACUUUUUCCGCCUUGAUAACGCAAGUAUUUUUCCCAUUUAUUUUCUCUAUCAUUCACAACGUUCGACUGAUGCAAAAAAGUGUUUAAAAAUUGGUUAAAAAACACCUGUGUUCUCAAAUUCUGUUAAACUAAUCAAUCCAUGAAUAUUUGUGAAUUAUAUAAAUGUUCAAAUAAACAAAAAAAAAAAAUGACAGUCAGUAUUAAAAUAAAAUAUUGACUAUAUAUCAUUGGUUUCAUCUAUAAAUAAAGUAAAAAUAUUGACUAUACAUUUAAAAAAGCAUUUUCACUCAUAAAUUCCUAGUAAAUUUCUCAAUUAAAAAGAAACCACAUAUAAUACAUUAAAUGUGGCAUUCUGAAGUAGAAAAACUAAAAAUGGUAUUUUCUUAUCAAAUUUGCUCCAAAAACCUUUAUUUACAACUUGGAGAAAAAAAAAUUGCAGUGAUAUAAAUCAUUUGGCUGUAUGUAUAAAUAAAAAUAGAAUUAAAUAAAACAAAAAAAUAUUGACUAUACUUUGAACAAAUUUGGUGUAUAAACAAUUUUCAUUUAGAAAUUGCUCGUAUAGUUAGCAAACAUUUAUAAAGAAACCGCAAGUAACACAUUAAAUUAAACGUGAACUUUUGACAGAAAAACUGGAAAGUGUUUUUCUUGUAAAAUAAUUUUUAUUUUUUUUUUUUUUUUAUUUUUUUUUUUGCAGUGAAAUAAAUCACUCGAUGUAUUUAGAAAUAAAAUCAAGUAAAAUAAAAUAUUGAAUAAAAAUUAUUGGCUCUAUUUAUAAAUAAAAAUAUUUGCUAUACAUGGAAAUAAAUUAACUCAGAAAUUGCUAAAACACAAAUUACAAACCGUUAAAAACAAAAACAAACAAACAAUGAUAAGUAACACAAACAGAUUUCAGAAGUCAUUUGCAGUGCAUCAUGGGACUGAGUGGUCGCUUUUAAUCCGUUUCGUUGUGAUUCCCAUUUCCUUUCCAGCGACUUUCAUUGAAUCUUUGUACAUCUGGUGUAGGAUUUAGCAAUUGAACUGAAUGAUUUUUAAAAAAUAAAUCCACAGAAGCACACAUGAUCACUUAACAACCUUCGUUGGAGAAAAUGAAUGUGAUUUCUCUGGUAGAGGUCUACUGUUGCGCUCUUUGGCUUGUUAAAUGAACCGCUCUGUUGUGUUCUACUGUCUCUGGAGAUGUUGUCCUCUUUUUCAUUACUGUAGGAGAAGUUCUACUGUCAACCAGUGAUUUUAAGCAACUAUAUCAUACUGUGUAUAUUUGAUGUAUUUGAAUGUAGGCAAUAUCUUGAAAACGCUUGAGGAUUUCUAUCAACAACAACAACAAAAUCUUAUUCAUUAGGUAGCAAGAAUAUGGAAAGAGAAAGCAUUAACCUACCUUUAAUAAAACUAUCUUGACCAAAGAA